CCUGGUCUCUCGCAGCGAUGGAUCCCACUUUCGUGCAGAACCUGCACAAUCUCCUGGUUCAAUCGACCUCCAAUGAUACCGUGCAGUUGAAGGCGGCAACCGCCCAGCUCAACCGGGAGUACUACAAGAACCCGGUAUGCAUUGCCGCACUUGCGAGCAUCAUCGCGAGCUCGCCAGAGCAAGCGGUCCGUCAACUCGCGGCCGUCGAGCUCCGAAAACGCAUUUCCCAAAACAGUGGCGACCUCUGGCUCCAGCUCGCCGCCGAGCAGCGCGAAGAGAUCAAGGGCAAGCUGCCCGAGCUUGUUCUGUCGGAAACCAACAACCUUGUUCGCCACUCUACGGCGCGCGUGAUCGCCGCGAUCGCGUACAUCGAGAUGCCCCUCGGGACCUGGGCACAGCUGCUGCCAUUCCUCGAGCAGACAUGCAUGUCACCACAGGCUGCGCAUCGGGAUGUUGGAAUCUACAUUUUGUACACGGUCCUCGAGAACAUCGUCGACGGCUUUGAGUCCCAUUUGCAGAGCUUCUUCAAGCUCUUCGCCACCCUCUUGAACGACCCUGAGAGCUCCGAAGUUCGCAUUACGACCGUCCGGGCUCUGGGUGUUGUCGCGCAGUACAUCGACUCCGAUGACAAGGCUGACAUCAAAUCGUUCCAAGACCUCCUCCCUGGUAUGAUCCAGGUUAUUGGCCAGAGCGUCGAGAGCGGCAACGAAACGGGCGCGCGUCAGCUCUUUGAUGUCCUCGAGACUCUCCUCAUCCUCGAGGUUCCCCUUCUCGGCCAGCACAUCCCCCAGCUUGCGCAAUUCCUCCUUACAUGUGGUGCCAACCGCAACUACGACCCCGAACUCCGUGUCCUCGCGCUUAACGCGCUUAACUGGACUGUGCAAUACAAAAAGUCCAAGGUUCAGUCCCACAACCUUGCCCCUGCCAUUCUUGAGGGCCUCAUGCCCAUCACGACCGAGGAGGAGCCCGAGGACAUCGACGACGAUGCACCUUCGCGCUCUGCCCUUCGCAUCAUCGACUGCCUCGCGACCAGCCUGCCCCCCACACAGGUGUUCCCCGCCCUCCGCCAACUCAUCCAGCAAUACUUCUCCUCAGGAGAUGCUUCUCACCGGCGCGGCGCGAUGCUCGCUCUCGGCGUCUCUGUCGAGGGCUGUAGCGAGUUCAUGACGCCGCUGAUGAGCCAGGUGUGGCCCAUCAUCGAGGCUGGUCUCCAGGACCAGGACGGCACCGUUCGCAAGGCCUCCUGCGUUGCCGUCAGCUGUCUCUGCGAGUGGCUCGAGGAGGAGUGCGCCGCCAAGCACUCCUUCCUUGUGCCGACGAUGAUGCAGCUCGUCAACGACCCGAUCACCCAGCGCUCGGCGUGCACUGCGCUCGACGCCCUGCUCGAGAUCAUGCACGAUGUGAUCGAGCAGUACCUCGGCCUCAUCAUGGAGCGUCUCGUCGGUCUUCUCGACACCGCCCCCAUCCCCGUCAAGUCGGUCGUCAUCGGUGCGAUCGGUAGCGCGGCGCACGCUUCGAAGGAGAAGUUUCUCCCCUUCUUCGCGCCAACGAUGGACCGCUUCAAGCACUUCCUGGUUCUUACCGGCGAGGGCGAGGAGCAGGAGCUCCGCGGCAUCACCAUGGACGCUGUCGGCACGUUCGCCGAGGCCGUCGGCAAGGACGUCUUCGCGCCCUACUUCGCGGACAUGAUGCAGCAGGCCUUCAACGGCAUCGAGCUCGGCAGCGCGCGCCUGCGCGAGUGCAGUUUCCUGUUCUUCGGCGUCAUGUCCCGGGUGUUCGGCGACGACUUCGCCCCUUACCUGCCCAACGUUGUGCCCUCGCUCAUCGCGAGCUGCAAGCAGGCGGAGCACGGCGAGGAGGAGCGCCUCACGAUCUCGAACCCCGAGGUCGCGGCGAACUUCGCGUCGGGUCUGUCGCCCGCGAACGCGAUCGCGGUCACGGACGAGCUGCGCGUGGACAUCGACGACGACGAGCUGGACAUGGACAAGCUGCUCGACGUGAACAGCACGAUCUGCAUCGAGAAAGAGAUCGCGGCGGACACGAUCGGCACGAUUUUCCAGGCAACGCGCCGCCACUUCCUGCCCUUUGUCGAGCAGUGCACGAUCGAGCUUGUUGGCCUGCUGCCCCACUACUACGACGGGAUUCGCAAGAGCGCGACGGACUCGCUCCUCGAGAUCGUCCGCACGUUCUACGAGCUCAGCGAGCCUAAGGAGUGGACCCCUGGCUUCUCCAACGUUGUCGCUCUUGACCCGCGCGUUAAGGAGCUCAUUGGCCACAUCGUGCCCCCCCUCCUGGAGAUGUACGAGUCCGAGGACAACAAGAAGGUCGUGUCUGGCCUCUGCGUUGGCCUCGCCGAGACGACCGCAAAGCUCGGCCCCGCGUUCUUGGAAGGCCGCCUCGAGCACUUCGCGAACAUCGCUAUCCAGGUCCUCGAGCAGAAGGCGAUCUGCCAGCAAGAUCCCGACCAGGAUGAGGAGGAAGAUGCUCCUGAGGACUCGGCGGAGUACGAUUCCAUCCUCAUCGCUUCCGCGGGCGACCUCGUUGCUUCCCUUGCCACCGCUCUCGGCGGUGACUUCGCGAGUGGCUUCGAGAAGUUCUUCCCCUUGGUCUCGAAGUACUACAAAAAGAACCGGUCACUCAGCGACCGCUCCUCUGCCAUUGGGUGUCUCUCGGAGAUCAUUGGUGGCAUGAAGAGCGCGAUCACUCCCUGGACUGAGCCUCUCAUGGAGCUCUUCUACCGUGCGCUGAGCGACGACGAGCACGAAGUCCAGUGCAAUGCUGCCUUCGCCUCCGGUCUCCUUAUCGAGCACUCCGAAAUCGACCUCUCCCCCCAAUACCUCCACCUCCUCACCGCCCUCCGCCCGCUUUUCGUCGUUGCGCCCGAUGCGCCCGCGGCGAAGCUGAACGCGCGCGACAACGCCGUCGGCGCUGUCGGCCGCAUGCUCGUCAAGAACACCGCCGCACUCCCGCUCGACCAGGUGUUGCCCGUGUUCUUCGACGCGCUCCCGCUCCGGAACGACUACCUCGAGAACCGGCCAGUGUUCCGCGCGAUCUUCCAUCUGUUCAAGACGCAGCCUGCCGUGCUCGCGCCGUACCUCGACAAGCUCCUGCACGUGUUUGCGUUCGUGCUGGACCCUACAGGGACGGACAUGGUCGGCGACGAGAUCCGUGGGGAGCUCAUUGGGCUCAUCGGCGUGCUCAACCGCGAGGAGCCCGCGAAGGUGCAGGCUGCGGGGCUCACGCCCUUCGUGCCCGGGCAGUAGGCGCCGCGCCGCGCAGAGAAGAGAUAGAAAAAGAUGACGAGAGGUGUUGAACGAAAGAGAAGAAAUCGGAAUGUCUGUUGUGUUUUACCCGCCGCCUCGGGCCUGCUUCCCCUCCCUAAUGAUUCAUGAUGUUGUGCAACGCUAUCGGAUCCUCGAUUCACGUCGGUACUAGCUCCCCCUGCCUCUCCUUUCCCCUCAUUGUCUCCAGACUCCCAUCCCCUCCCCCAUUACGGUACUCGUUUCCUUACCUACACAUUACUGAUGCAUCUAGACUAUGUUGAUUCUUGUUCUCUGGUCGAAUACCCACAGCACGAGUUCGUGUUCCC